GGGACUGUGCACACCACAGGGAACGGCCUCGUCCCUUCUCCCCUGGCACGGGGAGGGGACUGUGGGCAGAGCUGGGUAAUGAUUUGUCAUCGCAAGGGCCGGGGUGUCUCUCUGCAGAGGAAACCUUGGCCGUGAUUGACAGCUGGGCUGUUUUUUGCCACUUCCCUCGCUGUUGUCAAGUAAUAAUGAAGCUUUGUCAGUCCAUCAUGGACAUGGAUAUGCCAGAUUAUGUGGACUCCUUGGACUCCUCUUACACCAUGCUGGAAUUCGACAACCUCCGGGUGCUCCCCAAUAACACUGAGGCCAUCGCAGCUGAAUCAGCAAACACCAACCUGCUCCCCAAUGGCGUCAGCUCCCUGUGCUCCAUCUGCGGGGACCGGGCCACCGGCAAACACUACGGGGCCUCCAGCUGUGACGGCUGCAAGGGCUUCUUCAGGAGGAGCGUCCGCAAGAACCACGUCUACUCCUGCAGGUUCAGUCGACAGUGUGUGAUAGACAAAGACAAGAGGAACCAGUGCAGGUACUGUAGGCUGAAGAAGUGCUUCAGAGCUGGCAUGAAGAAAGAAGCCGUGCAGAACGAGCGCGACAGGAUCAGCAUCCGCAGGAGCAGCUACGAGGACAACGGCUCCCUCUCCAUCCACGUGCUCACCCAGGCUGAGGCCAUGGCACAGCAGUAUUUAUCCCUGAGCCCGGUGCACAGCACGGACAUUGCCAUGAAGAAGGUUGCAACCAUCAAUGAUGUGUGUGAAUCCAUGAAACAGCAGCUUCUGGUGCUGGUGGAAUGGGCAAAAUACAUCCCAGCAUUCUGUGAGCUCCCACUUGAUGACCAGGUUGCCUUGCUCAGAGCCCAUGCAGGGGAGCACUUGCUCCUUGGGGUGGCCAAGAGGUCCAUACCAUACACUGAUUUUCUGUUGUUAGGGAAUGAUUUCAUCAUCCCAAUGCACUGCCCAGAACUGGAAAUCGCUCGUGUGGCCACCAGAAUCCUGGAUGAGUUGGUGAAGCCCUUGCGGGACAUCCAGAUCGAUGACAACGAGUACGCCUGCCUGAAAGCCAUCAUUUUCUUUGAUCCAGACUGCAAAGGCCUGAGUGAGCCCGGGAAGGUGAAGAACAUGCGCUUCCAGGUGCAGGUGAACCUCGAGGAUUAUAUCAACGACCGCCAGUACGACUCCCGGGGCCGCUUCAGCGACAUCCUCCUCCUGCUGCCCCCCCUGCAGAGCAUCACCUGGCAGAUGAUAGAGCAGGUCCAGUUCAUGAAGCUCUUUGGAGUGGCCAGGAUCGACAGUCUGCUGCAGGAGAUGCUGCUGGGAGGAACCACGGUUGAUGUCCAGUACCAGUCAGGACCUCCCAACCUCAACCUGGAACCACUGCCAGGACACGUCCUCCCAAGCAACAUGAACUCUGUGAUUCACACAGCUCCAGACCCAUCUCCUGAAACAUCCCUUCCAUCUCCUUCUACAAGCACAGGCAGUGAAGACUAUAAACUAGGCCCUAGCGCAGGACCCAGCGCUGUAGCACAGCUCUUGCCUCAGACAGUGAUGCCCAAGCAGGAGAUUUUAUAGGGAGAGGUGGAAGGAGAAGCUGGGAGCAAUGUGGAAACCACGCUGACAGUGAAACGGGCCCUUUCUCUUUGCAGAGGCAAAGCACAGCACCCCCCUGCCCGCAGCCGGACCCGUCGCUCACCCCCUGUCCCAGUUGUGACUCAAGCACCAGGUCCCAGCCUGCAGCAGCAUCCUCACCUUGAGAAUUCCCACCACCUUUGCACAAGGGAUUGGGGUUCAUGCUCUUCCCAGCAGGACCAAGACUGAAAGCUCUUUGGAGCAGGGCUUCUGAUUGCGUUUGUUAUCGCCUUGCUUGGUGUGGUCACGACCCUUUUAAAGCCACUUUCUUCAUCCAAACAAGUGCCUUGCACAGCUCCUGGUAAUCACUAACAUGUACAGCAUGUCCAGAAUUGCUAUGGAAAGGUCUAUUCCCAUCAAAAAUUUAAUUACACUCCCUUCUCCUGCUGCACGUUAAGCUUUAGGAACAUCUUCAUAACCUUUACCAGGCCAAAUGUUUCUUAUUCCACACAGAGGUGCCUUGUUCCACACAGGCCAGCCAACAUUUAAUGCUGGUUAGUUAUUAUUUAUGAUCAGGAAUGCCAACAUUUCGUCAUUUUCCAUCAUUCCCAGUAUAUGUGGAGCCCAGUUGUAAGUCUUUUGAUGGACCUUCUACUUUGUGAGCACUUCUAACACAGCUCCAAGAGGGCAGCAAUGAUCUCCGCCCCACUCUGUGGCUGCUGGUCUGGGAAACCCUCAGCUCAGGGAACUGUUGACUUACCCAAUCCCUGCCUUGUGCAACACACAUAACAAAAAAUGCCCCAAAACACGUUUUCCCCGGACACAGGUAUGAUUUUGCUGUAGUUUCCUGUUUCUUUGUAGUAUCUGCAACCUAAACUUCAGAGCUCAAAAUUAGCCAAAAAAGGAAGAGGCAGAUCUUCCAUGAACCACUUCGAAGAAACUGUUUGUAUUUAAAACAUUAGGUGUUUAUGCACUUAAUGUAAAACUUAAUCAGUGGUAGGUGGCCAACCAUUAACCAUGUUACAACUGGUUAAAUAAGGCCAACCAUGACUGUACAGCCUCAAGUGUUCCUAAAGCCUGGUAUUUGUGUUGUGGAGUGGAUUUUAAUGAAUGGGACGUCAUUGGAAAGCAGAGUAUCAGAGUUCUACAAAACUUACGCUCAUUUGUACAAUGACCUCUGUCAGACAGCUCUGGAGGGAGCAGGAGUGGCCACACUGAACAUCAGGACAUGAUGGAAAACUCUUGGUGCUGUCCCACUGGAUAAAAUCCCAACCCACGCAUGGCCUUGUUCACGGCAAAACUGAGAUGAUGGUGCCCAGUGGUGGCUUUUUGAAGCACUUGGAGCUCCUUGGGGGAGAACACCAUGGAAAUGGGACCUUAUCAAUUGAAAGAGAAGUUGGGAGGAGCAGCUGAACUUCCACUAGAAGUGGAACACUCAGUAUUCAUUCCUUGGGGAGAUAUUUAGUGUUGCCAUUCUACAGCACCAGAGAGAUCUGAAAACCAUCAAAGACUGGGUUGAAUUUCACCUGGAUCACAAUGUUUUAUUUUUCUCCUGCCUGUGAUGAAUUUGAUCUGACAUUAUAUGCUGAUAACUUCCAUUUGAAACAGCCCUGUCUGGAAAGCAGGUUCCCCUGGAAGCAUUCCUACUGCAUGACAGAUGCAACUGCACCGAGCCAACAUUGCUCCCAGUUCCUCCAGCGGGUCGAUUACAUUCCUUUUCAAGACAUUAAAUGUACAUUUAUACUCGUUAAUGGCAAGAAAAUAAAUCUAGGGGGGAAAUAAAUUCCAUAUUCUCAUAUUUCA